CAAGUAUGGGAGGGCACUGCGGGAGACACCGUGGAGACUAGCGGAUCGGGUGGCGGCGCGGUCCAUGGAUGAGACGGAGAUGGUGGAGGUGAAGAAGCGGAGCGAGCACGAGAUGAAGAAGACGCUGACAUGGUGGGAUUUGAUUUGGUUCGGCAUGGGAGGAGUGAUCGGAGCAGGCAUCUUCGUCUUCACCGGUCUCGAGGCUAAAACCGAUGCCGGCCCCGCCGUCGUCUUGUCUUACGUCAUCUCCGGCAUGUCCGCCAUGCUCUCUGUCUUCUGCUACACCGAGUUCGCCGUCGAGAUCCCCGUCGCUGGUGGCUCCUUCGCCUAUCUCAGAGUGGAACUCGGCGACUUCGUGGCCUUCAUUGCCGCCGGCAACAUCCUCCUCGAGUACGUCAUCGGCGGCGCCGCUGUCUCCCGCUCUUGGACAUCCUACUUCGCCACUCUCCUCAACCAACACUCCGACAGGUUCCUCAUAAAAGCCCACGGCCUCACCAACGGCUACAACCACCUCGACCCCAUCGCAGUCGCCGUCCUCACCGCCGUCGCCGUCCUCACCAGCUUCAGCACAAAAGGCACCUCCCGCCUCAACUAUGUCGCCUCCAUAGUUCACAUCAUCGUCCUCCUCUUUAUCAUCAUCGCAGGCUUAACCAAAGCCAACCCAAACAACUACUCCACCUUCGUCCCCUUCGGAAGUCGCGGCAUCUUCCAAGCCGCCGCCGUCCUCUUCUUCGCCUACGUCGGAUUCGAUGCCGUCUCUACCAUGGCCGAGGAGACGAAGAACCCCGGAAGAGACAUGCCUCUCGGCCUUGUAGGCUCCAUGACCAUCACCACUCUCAUAUACAGCCUCUUAGCAGUAACACUCUGCCUCAUGCAGAAGUAUUCUGAUAUAGACGACAAAGCUCCAUUCUCUGUCGCAUUUCAAGCUGUAGGAUGGGACUGGGCUAAGUAUAUUGUAGCAGCGGGAGCUUUAAAGGGAAUGACAAGUGUGUUGCUUGUUGUGGCUGUAGGAGAAGCGAGGUAUCUCACACAUAUUGCUCGUACUCAUAUGUUGCCUUCAUGGCUAGCUCGAGUGAAUCAGAGAACAGGGACACCCAUUAACGCGACAGCGAUUAUGAUUUCUGCUACUGCUAUAAUCGCCUUCUUCACUGAGCUUCAUAUUCUAGGCGACCUCCUUUCGAUUUCCACUUUGUUCUUGUUCUCCCUCGUGGCUUUGGCUCUUCUGGUACGUCGAUAUUAUGUCAGUGGGAUUACUACAAAGUUGGAGUUGAUCAAGCUUGUCGUGUUCAUUGUGAUUAUAAUUCUGUCUUCUGUUGCUUCUGCUGUGUACUGGGCAAGAAGUGAAGGGUGGGUUGGGUAUGCAGUUACAGUGCCUCUUUGGCUUGUGGGGACGAUGGGGAUUAGGGUUUUAGUGCCAGAAGCGAAGAGGCCGGAUGUUUGGGGGGUGCCAUUUGUGCCAUUUUUGCCUUGUGCAUCUAUUGGGAUCAAUAUUUUCCUUCUCGGAUCGAUUAAUGUGGCGUCGUUUAAGAGAUUUGGUUUGUGGACUGCGAUAUUGUUGGUGUAUUACUUCUUUAUAGGGUUGCAUGCUUCUUAUGACGUGGCUAAGGCAUUGAAGGAGAAGGAGAAGGAGAAGGAGAAGGAGAUGCGGUUGGGGGAUAAGACCCACCUGAAGUUGGAUGAAGAAAAUACAGUUCCUUCACCAGCGUAGUCUGGAAAAUGAGUCGGGUUUGAUCAUUAGUUCAGUUUUCAAUGCCUUUUGGUUUUGUACUUAAUUCCGUGAAAAGUUUCCUUCUUUUCAU